AUGCAGGAAAAAGCGUGUCAGAUAUUGUCGAAGAAGCGACUUUUUCGAAAAGAAAGUAAAAGUUUGUUAGAUGAGAGGACUGUAGCGAGACUUAACAGAGAAGAUCUGGAAACUUGGAAAGGACUGUCGAAUUUAAAAAAAGAGAAGAAACUUUACCAGAAGAAAAGUGCAGAAUUAUCGCAGGAAGAUCGACGCGAAACUGCAAAGCAAAUUGAAGAGGACGAAACACGUUUGGCCGAAGAAUCGAAAGAUGUAGAAGUUGCAAAAGAACCUGGAAAACGUUCACGUAAAAUCCCAAUAAGAUGGGAGUAUGACAUUGACGAAGCAUUGCCAGCUGAUUCCGUAGUUUUUAAGAAAAUAAUGAAGUACGAAGAGGAAAGAAAGGAGAGAUCGAAGCUUCGUCAUGAAAGGACGAUAAUGAUUGUCAAAAAGAUUGUUCGAGAGAUGGAUACCGGCAUUCGUUUACCGAAGAAACGAAAAUACCGAAAGAAGUUCGAAGUAGAAGAAAUCUGCGAAGAAAGUUUCGAAGAAAUUUCCUUCGAGGAAGUUCACAGCCAGGAAUUACCAACGAUGCAAGAAAGUUUCCAAGGAAGUACUUCGAAGUUUCCCGAAGAGGAACAAAAAGUGGAAAAAAUGAAAGAAGAAAAAGAAGUUGAGAAGAAAGAAGAAGAAUUUCUUUCAGAAGUUGACUUAAAAAAAUCUCGAUCGUCGAUAGAACAAGUGUUUCCUCGAGACACCUGCUUUUUCGCAAUUCCAAGCGCCGUAAUUUUCGAGGAUUUCCAAGCGGGUAAAGUUUACUCUCGUAAAGUGGCGAUCAGAAACAAAACAGCGAAAUGGGCUUAUCUACGAUUUCACAGAAUACACACGGAAGUUUGGGAGCCUGGAAUUGUAGAGAUUGAUAUUAUGGACGCUGCAAGGGUGAAACCUGGCUUGCACGUAACAAUUAACGUGAAAUUUUCACCAAUCCACGAGGAGGAAGUGACAGCAGAGAUUUCUUUCCUAACUUUGAAUCCUGACGACACGAAAAAUUUUCACGAAUUUCGUGUUUCUGUCCGAUGCACUCCACAGACUGCUUUGCCUGUUCUGGACCCAAAGGAAGUUAGAUUUCCUUCAGCUCCAAUUUGGAAGUACGACGAUCGAAAGUUGAACGAAAGGAUUCUAACUGUUUCCAACGAAGGUGCAAAGUCUUGUUCCGUUGUAAUCGAGGAAAGAAAUAAUCGAGAAAAUUGUUUUUGGUGGUUCUGUGACCAGGCAGACUUGGAAAGUGCAAAAUCUUCUAUUUCAUGCAUAAGUCAGGAAUAUUCGAUAUACUUUUCAGAUGAAAACGAAAACGGAGAAAUCAACGAAAAAUCUGGAAAAAAAUAUCAGAUUGAAAUUCCCCCAACAUUCAAGUGCAAUUUGAGGAUCACUUUCAGACCAAAAUACGUUGGCUUGCAUCACGAGGUGCUGGAAAUCUGUUUCUUAAGCGAGGACAGGACACUUGGAAAACAGAGUGUCCCAGUUUGGACCGAAGUUACUGGCUACCCGAUUCACUUAGACCCACCUUGUAUCGAUCUAGGCAUUGCUACGAUCGACUCAGACGUUUGCCAACAAAGUUUCAAUAUUGUUAACACUGGACGUUCAAAUACAGAAAUCUUAACAAAAACACCGAAAUAUUUGGGCAAUCAAGUGUCAGUUCACCCAAAAUCGACAAUAGUGCAGUCAGAAUCAUUUUCUACCGUCGCUGUGAGAUUAAUCCCCGAAACGAAUAUCGUCAACAUUUCCAAACGAUUUUACGAUCGUUUAUCAAACAUGCUGGAGUUUCCACUUCAAGUGCAAAUUAUAUCUCAAGAUCAAGAAAACCCACCUCCGUUGAUCCUGAAAGUUUUAGCUACACUGACCACGUGUCAUGCUCUAGUAUUAGAACCAGCCCAUGUCGAUUUGGGAUACGUUUGCACACACGAGUCUGUUAAUACAGAAAUAACUCUGACGAACGAGUCUUUGUUGACUCAAAAGUACGCUUUCUUAAAUUUGCCAGCAUUUAUGGAGAUUCAGCCGAAUUAUGGUUUCGGAGCAAUUCUUCCUGGAGAGACUAUCAAGCUUGAUUUAAUUUAUUCCGCUUGUUUAACUGACAUUCCUGGGAACGAGAUUGGAGCUAAUGGUUUAUUUGGCGAACGAAGUUUCUGUAUAAAAGCAGUUACUCUAGCAGAGCUAGCUGGCAACAAGAAACAAAAAAUACUGAAUAAACUGAUGAAUCAGUUGAACAGAGAGACCGUAAUUCCUCGAGCUCGCGGUCUUCCACCUCCACUAUCUGUAAAUUUAAAAGUGCCUAAAACAGUACGUGCUAUCACUGACGGGAAUAAGUGUGACUUUGACGAUCUGACGAAUCAAUCAGAAGUGGACCAAGGUGGCAAAGAACGAUUUGCGUUAGAUAACGAAGAGACUGCAGAUGUAUCUCUAGAGAAACUUGGUUAUCUUGACGAAAGAAAGGAGAAGAAUACGAUAGACCUAUCUGUGUACAUUGUGGACACAUUCUGCGAGCUGAGUGAACAAAUAAUCGAAUUCCCUGCGACCCCCUGUGGCUCAUAUUCAGUGGCUUCUGUGCACCUGAGGGGCUUCAACAUGGCCUCUUACCCCAACUGCACUUGUGGAAUAGUGAAAAGUCAACAGAAAGAAUUCACAGCUCGUUACGAAUUCAAGACUUCCUCCGAUCGAAUUAAAAUUGUACCACAAUGUGGCACUUUGCAGAGCAGCGAACUUAUCCAGGUGAAUUUUAUGUUCGAACCAAGGCUACCCAAAAAUCUGAUCUCCGAAGAAGGACUUAAACUAAGAAUGAACAUCGAGGAACAGGAAGCAAAAUCUGAGAAAGACGAGAAAUCCACUCAAAAAGGGAAAGAAAAGAAGAGGAAAGUGACGAAGAAGGAAAAACCUGAUGAAAAAAAGGAACUUUCUGAUAUGGACAAGCUAGCUGGUGAAAUUAGGCUACUGGAAACCUUCGAACCACGCAUUGCCACGAUUUUUAUAACAUGCAUGAUAGAACUGGAAAUGAAAAACGGCUCGAAAUACGACGAACUAUUAUUCGCAAAAUUAACUUGCCCGAUUACCAGACCUGAAAUUUUAAUUCUGAACGAAAAUCGUGAAAUAAACUUUGGAUCAACAGCGAUCGACACUUCAUCGAGGAAAUUCCUCCUAAUAAAAAAUAUCUCCACCCGAAACGUGAAGAUUGAAGUGAGUCUAUUGGAUCCAUUUGGACCAUUUUUCGUGGCUCCAGGGAAAACGAUCGAAACAGGCUCGAUUUUGAAGCUCCCAGUUACGUACAAACCAACUGAAAACCACAAAGAAGAAAACGAAGAGUAUUUCGAAGUUUCCAGUUCUAGAACGAGGACAAAAUGGACGGUGAGAGUCUCAGGACGAGGAGUGGUGCCAUCUUAUGUCCUGAAACCUCGCUUUCGGGUGGCUCGUUUCGACGUUACCGAUGAGAAACAAGUAGAAAUGAGGAUAUCGAUACAAAAUACCGGCGUUUGUCCACUGAUCUUUCGACUUUUCCUGAUCGACGUGUUCGAGGGCGAAAUUCCGCAAGAAUCGGAGGAACUUCGGGAGGAAAUUGUUAAGAAGAAGAAGGAGAGAAGCGAGGGUGAAAGUGGAGGAAAAUCAGGGAGGAAAGUGGAAUACAGCGAUACUCUUCGACCUAACGAGGAAUUGGCUAUUUUCGGUGGAGUUCUUCGACGAUCUAUGGAUCGUAGUAGGUUCUCCUUUUCGAAUCUCGAUGAAAAUAUGCAGCUACUGGUUCCGGAAAGGAAGAAGGUGGAAUUCGGUGUGCAAUUUCACUCACUCCUCGAGGAGACCGUUUCCCAGUCGAAAGGUACAGCAGAAACGGCAUCGAGGAAAGGGAGGAAAGGUGGAACGGUGAAAAAAGUGGCCGAGGUGAAAAAGUCGAAUUACCGGCACGUGGCGGUGGUGAAAUUGACGCUGGGCAGGUCGACGGUGCAGGACUUGGUGAUGAUAUGCACCGGGAAAUAG